GCUCUAAUGUAUGUGGUGAACUGUCCAAUAAGGACAUUAAUAAAUGCUAAAAUAGUACUAUUAGUGGGAAAAAGAAUAAUUGAAUGAAAAAGGAUUGGUUUUCUUAUGAAAAAACAAUAAGUAACACAUAAAAUAAUUGUAAGCUAUUAUAUGUUAAGAUAUAGAUGCAUUCUUAUGUAAAUGUAUUAAAUUAGAACACCGAAAAUGAGGAAGUCAUUAUGAUUCAGAAGAAAGACAUGCUACUUUGAUGUUUAAAUUGUAAUUAUUACUACACCCGGACGAAAACAUACCAGUAACAUACGCCGAGUUCACAUGUACUUAUGAACAUUUAUCAUCAUUAAUGCUGUUCACAUGUGAUUGGUCAGUUUAACCCUAUACGGAAUUUAUUACAUAAAGGAAAGAAAAUUGAAUAUUACUUCACAAACAAAAAAGAACUACUUCCAAUGGAUGAUCAAGAGCAACCGCAUGCAGAAGUUGUAUUCAUGGGAGAAGCCCAAGUGGGGAAGACAGCUUUAGUCCAACGAAUAAUCAAAGGGUCAAGUUAUUUUUUAUGGAACGAUAAAUAUGAACCUACAAUUGAAGACUCGUUUGUCAGAGAAUUUAUAGUUGGGGGAAAGUUAUGCAGAUUGAGACUUAUUGACACUGCAGGAAGUUACACUUUCCCCGCAAUGAACAGACUGUGGCAACGAAGAGCUUCCGCAUUUGUAUUAGUGUGUGCAAGAGAUAACUCAUCAAGUUUAGACAGGAUAAAGACGAUUUUGCAAGAAAUUCAAGAUGAAAGACAAGAAAACUACAGAAAAUUAAUAACAGUGAUAGUUGUCAAUAAGAGUGACAUUAGAGAAAGUGAAUGGCUGGUAAAAGAUGAGGAUGUGGAACACCUAGCAGAAAACUUACAGAUACCUUUUAGUUCAGUCGUCACUGCAUCAGCUCGUGACAAUUACGGUAUGAUUGAAAUUUUAAAAGUACUAUGGGAACAAAAUCAAGAAGCUGGAGAGAACAGAAUUUUAUUUGAUUUGUUGCCUUCUAAGUCUGGUAAAGCUGAUGAAAGAAGAAGAGCAAGUGCGUUUGCAGUACUUUUUGGGAAUUCGUCAUCUAAGGGCGCAACAGUUCUUCACAUAGGAUACAAUCAACGUCCUAGGCAUUCUGAUGUACAAGAAAGCAAUAACAUGGCACUGGACACAAAUACUAAGUUUCAAAAUGUAAAUUCAUUUGGAACAGCAUUAAUAAGAAAGCUAGGGCGACUAAGUCUUGGUGGACAUCACAGUAAUAAACGAGACAAAACAAGCCGAGAACCUUCUGUUAUUAUACCAGACUGUAAUGUAUCUUAAAAAACCAUACAUGACUGUAAUAUAAGAUCUUUAAUUUAAG